UCAUUAUACACUUGUAAUUAAUUAAGCAUGGUGUUCAUUGCAUGGGCUACCUGUUUCUUCCUCUAUGCAGCUCACUUUGUUGCAGCAUCUCAAUCCUCAGCACUACAACUAGAAGCAAGUGCCUUGCUCGCGAGUGGGUGGUGGAGAAGCACCAAUAACACCAACGAUACCUCAAGUCGUUGCGAGUGGCUUGGUAUUACUUGCAAUGCUGCUGGAAGCGUCACAAAGAUUGUCAUGAGCCCUAGUGCUAGUUUCUAUUUGGGAGGUGAGAUGUCAAAACUCAACCUCUCUUGCUUUCCAAAUUUAGUCAGCCUUGAUCUUUCUGGAAAUGCACUUAACGGGAGUAUCCCAGUCGAGAUAGGUACUCUAUCCAAACUCACCUACCUUGAUCUGUCCUAUAAUGCUCUGACAGGUACAAUCCCUUCCACUUUGGGUGAUUUAACUAAUUUGGAAGUUUUGUAUCUUUAUUCCAAUCAAAUCAAUGGUCCAAUCCCUUCCACUUUGGGUCAUUUAACUAAUUUGAAAUAUUUGUAUCUUUAUUCCAAUCAAAUCACUGGUCCAAUCCCUUCCACUUUGGGUAGUUUAACUAAUUUGGAAUAUUUGUAUCUUGAUUACAAUCAAAUCACUGGUCCAAUCCCUUCCACUUUGGGUAAUUUAACUCGUUUGAAAGAAUUGUAUCUUCAAUCCAAUCAAAUCACUGGUCAAAUCCCUUCCACUUUGGGUAAUUUAACCAAUUUGGAAUAUUUGUUUCUUGGUUCCAAUCAAAUUACUGGUCCAAUCCCUUCCACUUUGGGUCAUUUAACUAAUUUGAAAUAUUUGUAUCUUUAUUCCAAUCAAAUCAUUGGUCCAAUCCCUUCCACUUUGGGUGAUUUAACUAAUUUGGAACAUUUGGAUCUUGAUUACAAUCAAAUCAAUAGUCCAAUCCCUUCCACUUUGGGUGAUUUAACUAAUUUGGAAGUUUUGUAUCUUUAUUCCAAUCAAAUCAAUGGUCCAAUCCCUUCCACUUUGGGUAAUUUAACUAAUUUGAAAGUUUUGUAUCUUUAUUCCAACCAAAUCAAUGGUCCAAUCCCUUCCACUUUGAGUAAUUUAACUAAUUUGGAAUAUUUGUAUCUUGAUUACAAUCAAAUCACUGGUCCAAUCCCUUCCACUUUGGGUAAUUUAACUCGUUUGAAAGAAUUGUAUCUUCAAUCCAAUCAAAUCAAUGGUUCCAUUCCCCCAGAACUAGGAAACCUUCGUUCGUUGGAAAAUCUUGACCUUAGUCAUAACUUUAUUAGUGGAGAAGCACUUGUUGAACUUGGGUUUAUUGACAAUUUACGGAGCUUGGAUAUCAGCUACAAUAAUCUUACCGGCAAUAUUCCCAAUAGUUACGUUUCUAUUCAAACAGUCAACUUGUCAUACAAUUCUUUGACAGGUUCAAUUCCAACUCGUAACAAAUCAAUUGUAACCAAAGCAAAAAUUUGUAUUCCCAUCGCCAUUUCCCUUGUAUUCUUAGUUCUUGGGGGCUUUCUCUUAUGCCGACACAUGUUCAAGAAACCCCAAUUUGAGUCAAGAAAAGAAACAAAACAUGGGAACUUGUUCUCGAUAUGGAAUUAUGAUGGACAUAUUGCAUAUGAAGACAUCAUUGAAGCAACCGAGGACUUUGAUAUAAAAUACUGUAUUGGAGUCGGUGGUUAUGGCAGUGUUUACAAAGCAAAAUUACCAUGCGGAAAAGUGAUUGCCUUGAAAAAACUUCAUCGGUUGGAGGCUGAGAACCCAACUUUUGAUAUGAGUUUCAGAAACGAGGUAAAAGUGUUAACAGAGAUUCGACAUCGAAACAUUAUAAAACUUCAUGGGUUCUGUUUACAUAAGCGAUGCAUGUUUCUGGUUUACGAGUACAUGGAAAGGGGAAGCCUAUUUUGUAUCCUAAAUAAUGAUGUUGAAGCGAUAGAAUUGGAUUGGAGUAAGAGAUUAAACAUCAUCAAAGGCACUGCCCACGCUUUAUCUUACAUGCAUCAUGAAUGCAUUCCAGCAAUUGUUCAUCGAGAUAUAACAAGCAACAAUAUUUUACUGAACAAUAAACUAGAGGCUUUUGUCUCUGACUUUGGUACAGCUAAGCUCCUUGAUCCUGAUUCCUCCAACCAAACGUUAGUUGCUGGCACUUACGGUUACAUUGCCCCAGAGUUGGCUUAUACCAUGAAAGUUAUUGAAAAAUGCGAUGUUUAUAGCUUUGGAGUUGUGGCACUGGAAAUAAUAAUGGGAAGACAUCCAACGGAACUUCUGGCUUCAUUAUCAUCAUCGUCUUCUCAAAACACGAUGUUACAUGAAAUAUUAGACCAACGUUUGCCACCUCCCAAUCAUUUGGUUGCACAAGAUAUUUUCCUUGUCGCUACAAUAGCAUUUGCAUGCCUACACGAAAAACCAAAGUCUCGGCCUACAAUGAAAUGCGUGUCUCAAGAAUUUCUUUCUCAAAAGAAGCCAAUACCCAAGCCUUUACAAGCAUUUUCGUUAUGGCAGCUAAGGAACCAAUAAAUGUAUCUAGUUUGAUCAAGGGGAGAUACUCAAUUAUGAAGUGUUUGUUUCUAGGCCGAGUAUCAUGCGAUUUGUGGAACUUAUAUAUUUAUAAUAAAUGUUGUGCAGCACAAUAGUAAUGCCAUGAAUUA